GGCGCCCGCGGGGCGGCGCGCGGGCCGCCGGCGGCGGCGGAGGCCCCGCGGCGGCUCCUGUUUCUGGACGUGGACGGGGUGCUGCACCCGCUGCAGACGCGCGUGCUGAGCUCCUCCCACAGGAUGGACAGCUCGCACUGCUUCGAGCGCGGCUGCAUGGAGCAGCUGCAGUGGCUCGUCCAGGUCUCCGGCGCGAGGCUCGUGCUGAGCUCCUCGUGGCGGCGAUUCGAGCACGCGCGAGACUUCCUGGCGGAGGGCCUGGCCCCCUUCGGGCUGAGCUUCAGCGAGUGGACGACGACCGCGGGCGGGGAGGGCGCCCGCGUAGACCAGAUCCUCGCCUUUGUGGCGGCCGCGCACAACGUCGCCUCGUGGGCGGCCGUCGACGACGACGAUCUGGCUCCGCUGGAGAAGGCGGGCUCGGAGAGCAUGAUGAGGGCCGUGUUCCGGCAGCACUUUGUCCGCACGGACUCCGCCCGAGGGCUGGACGCUGCCGCGGCCGCGUCCCUCGCGGCGAUCCUCCUCGGCGAGGAGGACUCCGGGGAGGAGGACGGCUACGCCGCGGCCGGGGCAUGCGCAGUGCCCCUCGCGCGUCAGAAAGAGCUGUGGAGAGGCAGGAGGAUGCGGAUGGGUAGGCGGAGGAGGAGGAGGAGGAGGAGGAGGAGGAGGAGGAGGAGGAGGAGGAGGAGGAGGAGGAGGAGGAGGAGGAGGAGGAGGAGGAGGAGGAGAGGAGGAGGAGGAGGAGCGGAGGAGGAGGAGGAGGAGGAGGAGCAGGCGGAGGAGGAGGAGGAUGAGAGGGAGGAGGAGAAGGAGGAGGAGGAGGAGGAAGAAGAGAAGGAUGAGAAGAAGCAAGAGCGAGGAGCAGGAGGAGCAGACAGUGGAGGAGGAGGAGGCGGAGGAGGAGGAGGAGGAGGAGGAGCAAAAGCGAUGAGCAGGAGGCGCAGGAGGUGGAGGAGGAACAGCGAGGAACAGGAACAGCAGGAUGUGGAGGAGGGGUAG